AUGUCUCUGGUCUUCGCGAGGGCCCUUGCAAGCGGCCCUUUUGCUUCCAAUGGCCUCGCCCGAGUGAGACCCAUUGCGCUCCUCUCGGCCGGCCUUCUGCUGUCCGCCGUCGGACAUGCCGCGCCACUCAAGCACAUCCCCAUCGCAGUCCUCGAGGAGGAUCUGCCCAAGGAUCCGAGCGAUGCCAGCCUCUGGAUCUACCUGAGCGUCGCCGUCGCUCUCGUGCUGCUUGGAGGUGUCUUUGCCGGUCUAACCAUUGCCCUCAUGGGCCAAGAUGAGAUCUACCUCCAGGUCCUCGCUGCGUCCGGUGAAGCCUCCGAGCGCAAAAAUGCCGCACGCGUGCUUCGUCUUCUCCAGAAGGGCAAGCACUGGGUCUUGGUCACACUACUUCUCAGCAACGUUAUCACCAACGAGACGCUGCCUAUCGUUCUCGAUCGCUCGCUUGGCGGAGGCUGGCCGGCCGUCGUCAGCAGUACCGUCCUGAUUGUCAUUUUCGGUGAAGUUGUCCCCCAGAGUAUCUGCGUCCGCUAUGGCCUGCCAAUUGGAGCAUGGAUGUCGCCCAUCGUGCUCGGCCUGAUGUGGAUCAUGUGUCCCGUCGCCUGGCCCACUGCGAAAUUGCUGGACUACCUCUUGGGAGAGGACCACGGAACAACAUACAAGAAGGCUGGCCUGAAGACGCUGGUUACUCUGCACAAAACUCUUGGCGAAAGCCCCGAGGAGCGUCUGAACCAGGAUGAAGUUACAAUUAUCAGUGCUGUGCUGGAUCUUAAGGAGAAGCCCGUGGGCAGCAUCAUGACCCCGAUGAAUGACGUUUUCACCAUGUCUGCCGAUACCGUGCUCGAUGAGAAGAUGAUGGACACGAUUCUCUCGGCUGGCUACUCCAGAAUCCCCAUCUACCAGCCUGACAACCCGCGAAACUUCGUUGGCAUGCUCCUGGUUAAGCUGCUGAUUACCUACGACCCCGAGGACUGCAAGCAAGUCCGUGACUUCGCUCUGGCCACUCUUCCUGAGACCCGCCCCGAGACCAGCUGCCUGGACAUUGUCAACUUCUUCCAGGAGGGCAAGUCUCACAUGGUGCUUGUUUCCGACUUUCCCGGUGAAUCGUUUGGUGCCCUUGGUGUCGUUACUCUCGAGGAUGUGAUUGAGGAGCUUAUCGGAGAGGAAAUCAUCGACGAGUCUGACGUGUUCAUUGAUGUCCACAAAGCCAUUCGCCGCAUCACCCCCUCGCCCCGCAAUCGUGUCCCCAAGGGCGAGAUCGUCGCCGAGCGUCAUCUGGACGAGCUCGAUGCCGAUGAGAAUACUGCUUUGCUGGGAAACGAGACGCGCAGGAAGAGCACCGACAGCAGUCGUGUGUUGGGAACCAGCCCUCAAGUCAAGUUCUUGAUGCGUCGCAGCAGCAGUGGUCAUGGUUCCAUCGGAAAAGCCAAGCCAAUGAGCCUUCGCAGUGAUACUCCCUCCGAGUUGAGAGAGCAUCUCAAGCACCUUGGACCGUCCAAUGCUGCCAGCAACCCUAGGUCUACUCGCAUCAGCACUGUGAAGAUCAAACCAAGUGUCAGCACCAUCCCUGAAGGAACUUCUGAAAAUGGAAAUGGCAAGGCCCCGGCUGCUCCCUCGGAGCUGGACCCCCACCCCCUGACCGGACCGACCGCUCUCUCGGGUGGCAUCGGUGAAGGUGUUCUCGCCAACAGUGGCAGUGACGCCAGAGAUGGUGCUCAUGCUGUCGCUACGAGCUAUGGCGCUAUUGGAAACAGUGCGCCACUUGCUGACUCCGAACGCCCUCUGUCCAAGAAGUCCUCGAACGCGAGCAACUCCUCAUCUAAAAAGAAGAUUGUUAUCGACAAUCGCCCCUUCGGCGACCGUAGAUCGAACAGUUCUAGCACCGUUGGCUCGGUGAACAGUGGAUCCGCCCCUCGCUCUCCUAAUGCCGGAAAGUCUGUCGUCAGGUCGGGCUCAAUAUCGGAAAACGUCAUCGACGUCAAUGGCGUCAAGAAGAUGGUUCUCGAUGUCUCGAGCAGCUCGGACGACGAGCAGGAUCGCAAGGGUUCCAGCCACUCUCAUCACUCGCACGGUUCGUCGCACAAGAAUUGGGGCAGCAGCAGCGGUCACAGCGGCUUUGUUAACAUCGAGUCUACAGCAGGUAAACAGUCUGAGAGUGAAGCUGGCCCCGCUAACGUGGACGGCUCAAAGGAUGACUCGAAGGAUGACUCAAAGGAUGAUGACCAUGCUAGCGCCACUGGUGAUAGCCAAGUACUGCCUGGUGUUUCCGGAACGCAAAAGAAGAAGAGGAAGAAGCGUGCCAACAAGAAGAAGAAGGGUACGUGGUAA